AUGGCAUCUAUACCAAAAUUUGAUCUCGUAAAUCCAAAAAUUCAAUUGAAUGAAACAGAGACUAAGAUUUCAGAGCUGUUGAAGGAUUUUACAUCAAAAUAUAAUUCCAAAACUGGAGGUGAAGAUUUGGAGCUUAGAAUCACUGGUGGAUGGGUCAGAGAUAAAUUAUUAGGUGAUGAAAGUAAUGAUUUAGAUAUUGCCAUCAACAAAUUAUCUGGUGAAGAAUUUGCUGAGGCCCUGAAACAAUUCUUAGUUGAUAACUUUGAUACUUAUCAAUUAUCACCAACAAACAUUCACAAGAUUGAAAAAAAUCCAGAAAAAUCAAAACAUUUAGAAACUGCCACUACAAAAUUAUAUGGGUUGGACGUUGAUUUCGUCAACUUAAGAAGUGAGGAAUACACAGAAGAAAGUCGAAUUCCAAUUAUCAAAUAUGGUACCCCACAAGAAGAUGCUUUGAGAAGAGAUGCGACAUUGAAUGCUCUCUUUUAUAACAUACAAAAAGAUGAAGUUGAAGAUUUAACCACAAAAGGUUUGCAGGAUUUGGAAAAGGGUUUAUUGAGAACUCCAUUAGAACCUUUAAAAACAUUCUUAGAUGAUCCUUUAAGAGUCUUGAGACUUAUCAGAUUUGCAAGUCGAUUCCAUUUCACUAUUGAAAAGGACACAUAUGAAUCUAUGAAACAAUUGUCGAUAAAAGAAGCAUUGAUCCAUAAAAUUAGUCGUGAGAGAAUUGGUGUUGAAGUUGAAAAAACAUUAAGCAGUAAAGAUCCUAUUUAUGGUCUUGAACUAUUAACUGAUGCCCAAUUAUUAGAUACAAUUUUCAAUUUUGGUCCGUUACAAGAUAAAGUGUUGGAGUUCAAUGAUGAAAAUUUAGUAAAUGAAAAAUUUGCUGCUAUUCAAGAAUCAGCAUCACAUUCAUUAAAUACAAUCAAAGAAUUCAACCAAGAGUCCAAAAUAUCAUCUGUUUUGGAGAAUAUUUCUAGUGAUAAAGAUCUUCAAAAACUGUUUUGGUUAUCAGUUGUCUUACGAAAAUGGGGUGACGAAAAAGUUUUUUAUAACGCUAAAAAACAAGCUUUUGCAUCUGAGUUAAUCGUCAAAGAGGGUGUCAAAUUAUCCAAAGCAGAUGCUGAUAUUGUAACAAAACUUGUUAGCACCACAAAUGAAUAUCAAGAUAUUGUUUCUAAAUUACCAGCAUUCAAAAGAUCAGAAGUUGGGUUAUUAUUAAAACAAUUUGGUCCAUAUUUAAACUUAUCUAUUGCUUUCAACUUUUUCAAUUCAGUUAUUGAAAAUGGUGAUAUCAAAUCUACAAUCGCUCAAUACGAAUUAUUCCAUGAAUUGAUCCAUAAAGAAAAUCUACAAGAUUCAUAUUCAAUCAAACCAAUUGUUGAUGGUAAGACUUUAACCAAAAAAUUAAAUAAAAAACCAGGUCCAUGGAUGGGUAAAGUAAACGAACAAAUCCUUGUUUGGCAAUUAGAUAACCCAACAAAGACACAAGAUGAUUGUGUAGAAUAUGUGAGAUCAAUUCUCGAAUCCCAAUAA